UCGGAUCAAAGUUAUACGGAGUACCAACGAAAAUAAGCUCCCGAAACGACAGCAUUUCGCUAUUCUGAAUUUCUGAUAUCAAGUUUCCGAAAAUAGAAUUAGUGCAAAAGACAACAAUUUCCUCUACAAACAAAACGCGAAGGUGAUCAUCAGAAAUCUUCCAACAGCUAUCUCGAUCUUCAGAAUUUGAAGAAAACAUGUCUUCACUUGCAGCUGCUAGAGCAGACAAUUUUUACUAUCCUCCAGAAUGGACACCAAAUCAGGGUUCUUUGAACAAGUUCCAUGGUCAACAUGCUUUGAGGGAGAGAGCAAGAAAAAUAGAUCAGGGCAUUUUGAUUAUAAGGUAACAAAUUUUCUUUCUUGUUUGAAAUGCCUUUCAAUAUAUGGUGUGGUGGUUGCAAUUCUAUGAUAGCAAAGGGUGUCCGGUUCAAUGCAGAAAAGAAACAAGUGGGGAAUUAUUAUUCUACGAAGGUACAUAAUGUGCUGUUUGCAUAUUCGUACUAGUGUGAUAUGGAGCUUUUCCAUGAAGUCUGCCUGCUGCAAACACCAGAUUGUUAUCCAUACAGAUCCAAAGAACUGUGAAUAUGUUAUUAUUAGUGGUGCCCAGAGGAAGAUUGAGGAGUUUGAUGUUGAGGAUGCAGAGACCCUUGAACUCCCUGCAGAUGGAGAAAGGGAUAAGCUUUCAGAUCCUUUUUAUCGUCUUGAGCACCAGGAGCAGGACUUGCUGAAGAAAAGACAAGCAGAGCCAGUGCUAGUAAGCCUUCAGAAAGUAUCUGAUGCCAGGCAUUCAGAUGACUAUGCCCUUAACAAGGCUCUCAGGGCUAAACUGCGAUUGCAAAAGAAAAGACUUGCUGAAGAAGAGGCUUAUUCAAGGAGACUGGGUCUUGGCUUACGACUGCUACCUAAAAGUGAAGAAGAUACUGCUGCUGCAGCAAAUGUGAGGUUUUCUUCCAAGUUUGAAAAGAAUAGGAAGGAUAAGCGAGCAUUGAUAAAAGCUGCUUCAAUAUUUCCAGAGUCAUCUGUGUCUUCCUCCGUGUCAAAUAAGAAACGACUAGAGCUUGAAGCAAAGAGAAGAAAGAUUUGUGCAGGUGCAGCAUCCAGCUUGCUGACAGGGGCAUUUAAACCAUCAUCACGGUCUCAAAGUUCUAUGCCAUCAAGCAGACAUAGGGGCACUUCAGUUUCAUUGAGACGGUUCUAAGUAAGAAAUUACCUAGAAUUUAAGAUUCUUGGCAAGACUUCUGAUGUAGGGUAUGUGCUAUUUGCUUUUGCCGGAAUAUUAGCAUGUACAGAUAUACAAGUCUACAUCUGGUAAUCUUUUCUAUAUUUAAUGGCUCAUAGCAUUGUGAUAGUAUUA